CAGCGCCGCUGCCGGGUGCUGGAGGCGCCAUUGGAGCCGGCUUGGCUCGGGAGCUCCGCUGAGCAGGCGGAGGUUGGGCCGCCGUCACAGCCGCGUCGGCUCCUGGUCCCUGGCCCGUCAGCGGCAUGGCGUGCGGGGCGACGUUGAAACGGCCCAUGGAGUUCGAGGCGGCGCUGCUGAGCCCGGGCUCCCCGAAGCGGCGGCGCUGCGCCCCGCUGCCCGGCCCCACUCCGGGCCUCAGGCCCCCGGACGCCGAGCCUCCGCCGCUUCAGAUGCAGACCCCACCGCCGACGCUCCAGCAGCCCGUCCCGCCCGGCAGCGAGCGGCGCCUUCCGACUCCGGAGCAAAUUUUUCAGAACAUAAAACAAGAAUAUAGUCGUUACCAGAGGUGGAGACAAUUAGAAGUUGUUCUUAAUCAGAAUGAAGCUUGUACUUCAGAAAGUCAGCCUCACUCCUCAGCACUCACAGCGCCUAGUUCUCCAGGUUCCUCCUGGAUGAAGAAGGACCAGCCCACCUUUACUCUCCGACAAGUUGGAAUCAUAUGUGAGCGUCUCCUAAAAGACUACGAAGAUAAAAUUCGGGAGGAGUACGAGCACAUCCUCAAUACCAAACUAGCAGAACAAUAUGAAUCUUUUGUGAAAUUCACACACGAUCAGAUUAUGCGACGAUACGGAACACGGCCCACAAGCUAUGUGUCCUGAAGCUUUCUUGCAUAUCUGGGUACCAGGUUUGACCUCAAGAGAUGGCUGCUGUGCACUUUUUGCAACUGGUUUGAUAUCACAUUUCAGCUCCAACUUUGCAUCCUGAGAACACUUAAAGGUUUCUGCAGGUCCAUUUUAUACAACUUGAAAGACCUUAAAACUUUCUGGUUGCCACAAGCAUAUCUUUCUUUUCUGCUCAUCCAAUAAACAGCUGUGCCCUACUGUGAUAGAUUUUCGAAGCAAAAUACCUGGAGCAGCAGUUUUGCAAAAUAUGCCCUCAGUGGCACUCAACAAAUGGAGUUUCCCCAAGCACAUUCUGUAAGAAGUGUGUAUGAGAGUGUAUGUAUAUGUAUGUAUGUGUAUUUUAAGUUAUUAUUUGUAUUGUGCAAAUUUUUUUGAUCUUGGGGAUUCUGGCUGUGAAUUUGAUGCACGACAAUUAUGGUUAAAAACAUUUGCUUGAUCUACAGAAGAUCAUUAAUGUUUUGUGACCAUGUAAGUUGUAACAGUGGGUUGUUUUAUGUGUAGGUAUUGUUAAAUACAGGGACUGUUUUCAGGCACAGAAUAUGAAUCAUACAUUAGGAUGGACAUCAGAUGUGAUUAGAUGACAUAGCAAAGGUCUGUGGUCCUAGGUCUAUAAAUGCGUGGUGAGGAAUUAGAACAAACUGGAGACGGACCAUUUGACACAUGGAAUCUGCCUAGCUGUAUUGGAAAGAUACUUUGACUCCAAGCCUUAAAAUACCCAUGUGGAGUCUGUGCUCACCUCAUCCACACAGAGAGCUCCCUGGACACUGAACCUCUAAAAAGAAAAAGUCUCCCCUAGAGCAGGAGCAUCAGGGUUUUCUUGGGAGCACAGACCAGGUGAGCAUGGGCUGGGGCUGGGCCAGGCCCGGCAGCACUGCUACUUGGGAGGAGCCACCUCACCUUUGUGUCAGUUAUUACAUACAGAUUUGGAUCCUUUGGUCAGCUUCUCCCAAAUUCUUUUAAGAGGUGUCCAUGUUCAACUGCUUGAGCUUUGUUUUGGCAACCCCCUGCCCAAAGUUGCUUACAGACUGUUCUUCACCUUGUUUUCAAGGCUGAGGAACAGAAAGUAGCCUCUGUUUUGAGGAGGUGGAAGUUAAGUAUACAUUUAUUUUUUACUGUGACUUGUUCAGGACCACAUUUUACAAAUGCCUUGUUUCGUUUAUUAUUGUUUCUGGAAAGGAAAGUUCUAUUAAAAUUGUUUUAGUUUGAAUAUAGAAUAGUUUUUUUAAUUACAGCUUAUUUUGAAAAAUCUGAGUGUAAUUAAAAUGUAUGCCAAUACCUUCCAAAGUAAGGUAAUAUUCAGAGACAGUUCUGAUCAGAUGGCUUAGAGAUAAUUUCUGGAAUAUUCACAUUGGAAGAUUCCUUAUUAAUGAAUGUCUUUGACUUAAAUCUAACCAAAAACUGCAACGUUAUUCUUUGUACAUUUUCAUUAUAUAGUGUUAACAAGCUUAGUUGCAAACAAAUAAAAUACUCAAGCUAUU